GGUGGACUCCUGUGCCUGGAGGAAGAAUGGAGACGACAACACUACGAAGAAAAGCCUAGAGAUCACGAAGGCCUUGCUCCCUGAAUUAUAAGUGACAUGCUGGCAAAACUGAACAGCUGAUCAUCAGAUACUGGCAUAGUGUUAAACAUGGCUUCUGAAGCUGCUCAAAAUUUCCUUCAGCCACUCUCUUCUUGGAUGUCUCAAAUAUAUGAAGCUAUCCAACAAGCAGGAGACUCCAUAUCUGCAUCAUUGCUGAGGUUCGGUGGAGCAGGUCGUAAGUCAGAGGAAGAGAGAGACCAAGACUUGGAGGAUAAUGGAGGAUUUCAUGAGCAUUACUCCGAGGAAUCAGAAGAUGAAAGACAUCUGGACCCGUGGGAUGAGGACUACUUGCAUCCUAGAAUAGAUGGUCACAUUCUGCUAACAGAUCCUGAUCUUGCUUUGCAAGCCCACCCUUGUGGUUCUGAUGUGGGUCUGCAGAGGCAAAAACGGGUUAAAAAUGCCACCAGCUUACCAGAGCAGUGUGCUGAAAGCAACGGGUCUUUGGCAGCCAACAGAUCCCACUGGACUAAUAAAGAUCUCCAGCCACUUGAUCGGCUUCCUGCCAUUGCUGAGGAAGAAGGCGAGCCCCGCGUGAGGAUGAGAGACCACGAGCACAACGUCAGCAUGGGUGGCUCCUUAAACAGUAAUAAUGGCAAGGCAAGCUUAGCAGUAAACAGUUACGGGGAAGAUGAAGAAUUGACAACAUCUUCAGACAGCGAUGAUGAGGUGAUUAAGCAGUUUGAGAUCUCUGUGUCACGCUCACAAAGUUUUCGAUCUGGAGUAUCUGAAAAAACAACACAAACGGGCUUGGAACAUAGACCCAAAUUCAGCCGCUUGCUCUCCAGCCAUGAGGAGUACAGCACAGAGGCAUCUGAAUGUGAAGAUCUGGACAAACUAAGCCAACUGAGUUACCAAGACAACCUAUCGUAUCGCAAAGAUGACCAAACAUCUGUUGAUUCAACAACAGCAACUGAAAGUAGGGGUUCUGAGCAGCAUAGAGGGCUUAGGAUGGAGUCCAGCAUUGCAGAUAACGUUAGCCGACAAGCCACGGAAGCACGCUUGGAAGUGGAGACGGCAUUUACCAACCAAGGAUUCGAAGGAAAUGAUGCUACUGACAGCUCGUCAGCUUGGAGCGCUGAGGAACAUGAUGAAAUGAACAGCAUACCGGUUCAUCGCAGUGCUCAUGAGCCCAUCUGUAAAUGUGGUGAUUUAGAUGUCAUCUUUGAUUAUAAGGUCUCAAGUCAAAAGCUGGUAGUUACUAUCCUGGAGGCCAGGGAUAUCCCAGACAAAGACCGCAGUGGUGUGAACACUUGGCAAGUGCACACAGUCCUGAUGCCCAGCAAGAAACAGAGGGGAAAGACAAGCGUUCAGAGAGGACCCAUCCCCGUGUUCAAGGACAAAAUUACAUUUAGUAAGCUGGAGCCAGAGGAGUUAAGCAGCCAUGCCAUCCGUUUUCGCCUCUAUGCAGUGCACAAGAUGAUUGGUGAGAAGAUGAUGGGAGAGCAGUUGUUCUACCUGAGCAAGGUCAAACAGGAAGGGGAAGUGAAGGUGACCUUGGUCUUGGAGCCAAGGAGUAAUCUGAGUAGUGGAGACUCUCAGCUUAGUCUGUCAGCAAUCUCUCACAGCGAUAGCGCUUCUUCAACACAGUCCCUGUCGCAUGGAGGGGUGCCAGAGCUGCUCGUGGGAUUAUCGUACAACGCCACUACAGGGCGGCUGUCGGUGGAGAUGAUCAAAGGCAGCCAUUUCCGAAACCUUGCAAUUAAUAGGCCACCUGACACCUAUGGAAAGCUCUGUCUGCUCAACUCAGUGGGCCAGGAGAUGUCUCGUUGCAAGACCUCCAUCCGUCGAGGACAGCCCAACCCUGUCUACAAGGAAACUUUCAUUUUCCAGGUUGCCCUCUUCCAGCUCUCUGAUGUCACGCUCAUGAUUUCCAUAUACAACAGACGCAGCAUAAAACGCAAAGAGAUGAUUGGCUGGAUUUCUAUGGGUCAGAACAGCAGCGGAGAAGAAGAACAAAAUCAUUGGCAAGAAAUGAAGGAAACGAAGGGGAUGCAGGUCUGCAGGUGGCAUACACUUCUGGAAUCCUAAUGGUUAGCAGGGCACUCCAUAGGUCCUGGGCCUGUGGGCUGCUCUUCUCUCCUCAGCCUGCUGGAAGCAGUUACCCUGUGGCAACCGCUGAGCUCUGACAGGUCAUGUACACUUUAACCUGGCUUGUCAACCUCAACAGUCAUGGUCAUGAUAGGUAGCAAGACCUGGAAGGCAUAUUUAGUUCUUGUCUUUCCAGGUUGUCCUGCAUUUUCCACAUCCAAAUUAUUAACCAUUGGGAAAAGCAAUGGAAAAAUAUACAAAAUCCUCUCUCUGGUCAUGUCUCACUCAUUUUGUCCUAGGCUCAAUCAUCAUAGACUGAUGCUGUUCUGGAAUAAAUUCUCCUCUUCCCUCCCU